AUGUCCAAAGAUGCAGCAAAGAAUCGUUACGAGAAAAUCAAACAUCUUGGUGAAGGGCAGUUCGCUAAUGUUUAUAAAGCGAAGGAUACGGAAACAAAUGAAUUUGUUGCAAUAAAGAAGAUAAAACUUGGUUCAAGGCAUGAAGCAAUGGAUGGUGUGAAUCGAACUGCGCUAAGAGAAAUUAAAUUGCUACAGGAAUUGCAUCAUGAUAAUAUUAUUGGACUUUUAGAUAUAAUUGGACACAAAACAAAUAUUCAACUUGUGUUUGAUUUCAUGGAGACAGAUUUGGAACAUUUGGUGAAAGACAAAGCAAUAAUUUUGAUGCCUGAACAUAUAAAAAAUAUGGUAUUGCAAAUGUUGCUAGGACUCGAAUACCUCCAUUUGCACUGGGUUAUACAUCGGGAUUUAAAACCGAAUAACUUGCUGAUUAAUUUGCAAGGACGAAUAAAAAUAGCCGAUUUUGGCCUAGCUCGAUUUUUCGGUUCACCAAAUCGUCAAUACACAUUUCAAGUAGUAACAAGGUGGUAUCGUGCACCAGAAUUGCUUUAUGCAUCACGCUCAUAUAGUUCAUCUAUCGAUAUAUGGUCGGUUGGAUGUAUUAUUGCUGAGCUUCUUCUAC